AUGGAAGGGCCCUUCCGACUCCUGGCCUGCUUGGUGUGCAUCGUCCCAAUGGGAUCACUUGUGAGGACUAAAAGAGAUACCACUGGGAACUUGCUCAACACAGAGAUGAACAGUGCGCCUUCGCAGCGCUGGUCCAUGCAGGUGCCUGCCGAGGUGAGCGCGACGGCGGGCGAGGCCGCGGUGCUGCCCUGCACCUUCACGCACCCGCACCGCCACUACGACGGGCCGCUCACGGCCAUCUGGCGCGCGGGCGAGCCGUUCGCCGGCCCGCAGGUGUUCCGCUGCGCCGCGGCGCGCGGCAGCGAGCUGUGCCAGACGGCGCUCAGCCUGCACGGCCGCUUCCGGCUGCUCGGCAACCCGCGCCGCAACGACCUGUCGCUGCGCAUCGAGCGCCUGGCGCUGGCCGACGACGGCCGCUACUUCUGCCGCGUCGAGUUCGCGGGCGACGUCCACGACCGCUACGAGAGCCGCCAGGGCGUCCGGCUCCGCGUGACGGCCGCCCCGCGGAUCGUCAACAUCUCUGUGCUGCCAGGCCCGGGGCACGCCUUCCACGCGCUCUGCACCGCUGAAGGGGAGCCACCGCCCGCCCUCGCCUGGUCCGGCCCGGCCCUGGGCAACGGCUCGGCCGCCACGCGGAGCCCAGGUCAUGAUCACGGCCACCAGGUGACCGCCGAGCUGCCCGCGCUGGCCCACGACGGCCGCUACACGUGUACGGCCUCCAACAGCCUGGGCCGCGCCGAAGCCAGCGUCUACUUGUUUCGUUUCCACGGCGCCUCUGGGGCCUCGGCGACUGCCCUCCUGCUAGGCGCCCUCGGCCUCAAGGCGCUGCUGCUGCUCAGCGUUCUGGGCGUUCGGGUCGCUGCCCAUCAUCGCCUAGAGCACCCAGUCACCCCGGACGCUCCGCCAAGGCCCCAGGCUCAGGAGUCCAAUUAUGAGAAUUUGAACCAGAUGAGCCCCCGGGGCCCCCCAGCAGCUGUGUGUUCACCAUGA